AUGUUCGACUUGGUAAUCCUGACUGAUGUAAAAGUCAUUGAACUCGAAAGACAACUUGAAAUGAAGAAAGCUUUAUACGAAGUCGAGAAGGGCAGGGCUCGGGAUUGUCAAGCUCAGAGUGGCGGAGGCGUUGGAUACGACACGCUUCUCAUCAUUGUCAUGGGACUCCUUAGUAUAGUCUACUUGGGCCGCGCUUCUCCACUCGGAGGUAACCUCGUUAGAUUCCACUACUUCUUGGAGAUUUGCUGA